GUUAAAUUUUGGUUAUGACAACAGGAAUCUGCCACGUACUUUUUUAUUUAGAUGUGUGUUUUUAAAUAAAUAUGGGUAAUUCCGAGAGCGUAGAUAUUCCCGGUGGAGGUACAGAUGGAUAUCACGUGCUAAGGGUGCAAGAAAAUUCGCCUGGAAGCAAAGCUGGUUUGCAGGCAUUCUUCGACUUUAUUGUGGCUAUUAAUGGCACGAGAUUGGAUAGAGACGACGAUACGUUAAAGUUGAUCCUGAAAAACGGGAUAGGUAAACCAUUGCCCUUGUCUAUUUAUAGUUGCAAAACACAAAGUGUUAGGAGUGUUACUAUUGAACCAAGCGAAUCUUGGGGUGGGCAGGGUUUAUUGGGGAUCAGCAUUAAGUUUUGCUCGUUUGAAGUUGCCAAGGAAAAUGUUUGGCAUAUUUUGGAGGUGAUACCAAACUCCCCAGCUGAUUUGGCUGGCCUAAAAGCUUUCUCAGACUAUAUUAUAGGGGCUGAUUCUAUACUACAUGAAGCAGAGGAUUUGUUUAAUUUGCUUGAAAACCAUGAAGGUGUGAGUCUUAAACUGUAUGUUUACAACUCAGACAUAGAUUCCUGCAGGGAAGUUUCCAUAACCCCAAAUUCUCAAUGGGGCGGAGAAGGCUCUGUAGGGUGCGGGAUAGGUUAUGGUUAUCUGCACAGAAUUCCAGUUAGGAAUCCAAAUGUCAACAAACCUGUUGCUAACACUGUAUUAACAACCAUACCUAAUAGUAGUAGUACUGUCAGUAGUAGUUGUAGUACCACUACUAGUGCAGCAGAGGUUAAUCCGGUUACUACAAGUGUUACUAGUGAUGUUGAGGUUGCAAAGUUGGUGGAAACCACUGCUGAUAUGUCAAUUCAAACCACACAGAGUGAAAUUUUACAGUCAAAUCCUGUAGCAUCCGCAGAGUCGAUAUUUUCAACGCCAGUAACUCUAUCUAGUACUAUUUCCAACAUACCAACUGUCGAUAUGGCAAAUAAUAACCCCCAAUUCACCAUGCCAUCAAAUAUCCCCCCUCCAGCUACAAUCCCCAAUUAUUACAACAUGCAAACUCCCAUAACCUCACAAAACAACUUCGCGCCGCCAAUUCCACUUUUUACCCCGCAACCCCCCGCGUACCCUUACGGUACUACCAACUUGGCGGCUUACAGCUACCCUCAACCGACGUAUACCCAAGUACCAAGUAAUUUACCCCCGCCAACGGGUUUUAACACCAACACGCCCCUGAUUUUCGACCCCACCAUUGCUGCGCGGUCCGCGCAGCAACUUCUCAGCGGAAAUAACCCCCCCAGUUAAGAUUUUAAUUAUUAAAGCUUUUUGUAGACUUAUGAGUAUAAAGGGGGUAUUUGCAAUACAGUGUUUUCCUAUUUGAAUUAUUUUUGUAACCUGGAUAAAUAUUGUCAAGUUUUGAGUUAUUGUGGAUGAUUUUUAUUUAUUUUGUAAAGAAUUUUAACACUGUAUUAUAUAAUGUUAUAUGAAGUUUGUACUUCUUUAAGGUUUUCUGUAUUUUAAAUAUAAAUAUUUGUAAUAUGUACCUAAUAUAAUUUUAAAUAAUAAAAAAAGUGCUGAAAACAGUUUUAUUUAUUUUUUC